UAUUUAAUGUUUUAUUAAAGAUGUUGGAGUAUUCAUUCGGCCAAUUAUGUUACAAAACGUUUCUUAAACUAAAUCAAACGGAACUAAAUCAGGAGGGACCUAGACAUAAUUAAAUGUUAGUAAUUUAAUAGGAUAUCUGUGGGACCUACCUGAAUUUGUCCAAAAGAAACUCGUUAUAGUUGAACGUUUUGCAACUAUUUGGACUAAUGAUUACAUCACAGAUAACUAAGCUUUCUCUCUGAUCUGUGUUUUGUUUAAAAAUAUCAUUUUGUAGAGGUCUGACAUUAAUACAGAUCUAGGAUCAGUGCAUUGAGGAUCCGUGUUACAAACUAAACCGUAAAACUGAUCUUAAAUCAGGAUGCCGGGGCAUCAUCUGACAUCACGCACCAGGUAUAAGAACAAUGCAGCUGAAUGGCUUGUGAAGUGGGCAUGUCGCUCCCAACGUCCAAUCGGAGACGUUUAUAUUGCAGAGUGGCCGCUUGGAACAGUCCUGUCCAGUUUGUCGUUCAUGCUGUCUUUCUUGGACGCUGUGUGCACAUUGUGCAGGUCUGAACAGGCAUUUAUUUGAAGAGGCAUCAUGAGUAGGGAGCCAGACGCUUUGGCUGUGGUGAACCAGUUGAGGGAUCUUUCUGCAGAUCCUAUGAACAGAAGAGCUAUUGUUCAAGACCAAGGUUGCUUACCGGGACUCAUCCUUUUUCUGGACCAUCCCAAUCCCCAGGUUGUCUACUCAGCACUCCUGGCUGUUCGCUACCUCGCAGAAUGUCGUCAAAACAGGGAGAAAAUGAAGGGAGAGCUGGGGAUGAUGUUAAGUCUUCAGAAUGUCAUGCAAAAGACAAUCACCCCAGGAGAGACUAAGAUGCUGGCCUCAGAAAUCUAUGAACUCCUCCAGGCUUCUAACAGUGUGGAUACAGACAAGCCUGAGGAGGGGCCCUCUUGCAGACGCAAGGACCAGUUCUUCCUGGGAUCCACCAACAAGCGGGCCAAAACAGUGGUCCUCCACAUACAUGGCUUGGAUGACUCUAGCCGGAGGAGCCUUUGUGAAGAGUCCUUGUUGAAGAUCCGAGGUGUCAUCAGCUUUACAUUCCAGAUGGGCAUUAAGCGGUGCAUCGUCAGAAUCCGCUCAGACCUGAAGGCAGAGGCUCUGGGUUCUGCCAUCGCCUCAACUGAAGUAAUGAAAGCUCAACAGGUGGUCAGGGGAGAGGAUGGAGAAGAGGUAAUCAUCCCAUUCCCAGAGGAUGGUUCGGUAGCAGUGGAGCAGAAUGUGGCUCUUCCAGACUACCUUCCAGAGGAGGAGAGCCCGUCCCAUGAGCCAGACAAGGCUGUGACCUGUGUGGGCACAGGGCAGGAUGGAGCAAGCUGGCUAGGCACUGCAGCUAACUUCCUGUCCCGCUCGUUCUACUGGUGACACUCCCAGACCACCCACACCUCUUCAGAUACUACAGAUACAGAAUCAGGCUCCCAGCUGCCAAAGAGCUGGACUGCCAAAGGCAAUGUGUAACAACAAACUAUUCCAAUGCGUGUACAGUACACACAUGCACCCACAAUCUCACACCCACCUUGCACCAUACAGAAUCACCAAGCCAUUAAGCGAGAGGACUGGCUUCCGGAAUUGAUUCUUAUUUCUUAUCUUUAGGGUUCUGGUUGAGAGCUAGACUAUUCUUUUCAUGUAAAUGUUUUGAAAACCAAAUUGUCUUGUUGUGAGGAGCAUUAUUGUGGCAGCAUUACGACUUGAUCCAUCAGAAAGGGUCCAAACGUUACCACAAAAAUAAUUUCCUGUAGUUAGAGCACUUUUUUUUAAGGAUCUGAAAGCGUGUUUACAUUAAGGGUCUUUUUCUCCCUACCUUUUUAUCUGACUUUUUAGACCAAGAACUGACCCAUCCUCCCCUUUUUUAGCAAUGGGUGUUCCAGAAUAUGCAGUAAUCAACGUGUGUUCAGUUAUCGUGCCUUUCGUUUCAUUCUGUUUACAUGUAGACCCUUGUGACUGACUGUCAGCAUUAGAUCUGAAGUGUAUUCUGCCUGUAAGGCUCCCUGCUUUGAUAUAUUCCAAAGGUUACUGAUGUAGACAUUGGAUAAACUCCAAUCUAGGUACUCUUCAAUUCCAAUGCCUACUGAAAUCAUUAAUGGAAUCUGUCGUGAGUUAUGAGAAAUGUUUACAGGACUGGGUGGCUGGUUGAGACCGUUUUCUCUCCAGAAACAGCAUGGAGAUUUUACAGUCUGACCACUGUGGUGUCAUGGUGUCAUGACAACGUGGUGUCAUGCAUUAUCAGCUUGUUUUAUGUUAAGUAUUACUCAUUCGAAGGACAAUAUUAGAAUAUCUUUCCUAAGGAAGAGCAUUGUUCCUCUUUUAGGGACAGCCUCUGCCAUUUCCCCAAUGUCUUGCAUGAUUUAACACCGCUAAAAAUAAUACAAGGCUGAACGUAAUCUCUCGUGGACAGACUACAUAAACAUAAAUGGUUAAGCAUCUGACCAAAUUACAUGAGAUUUAAGUUCUGGUUCAACCAAGAUUAGACUAAGCCUAACAAUAAUCAUCUCUGAAUAUAUGUUGAUGGAAACAAACAUUGUUAGAUUUCAUUGGAGAUGGAUUGGCCAGCAGUGUCCUUAACCUGUCGUUAAAGGGAGCUCAAGUGGAUGCUGCCAUAGUUUAGGGUUGUCUGUAAGUAUAGAAUUCUGGAUAUUUUGGUUCAGUCUAUAUAGUGGAUCAAUUGCCCAACCUCUGAAAUAGCUAUGCUAUCAGUGCAUGUUAGUGUAUGAAUGGGAAAUGUUUAUUAUUAUGAGCUUAUUACUGUUCAUAGUAAAUCUCAGCAUAAGAAGUAUUCAGUUUGGACCACCUAUUUUACAGGUAACAACCUCUCAGUGGGAGAACUUUCAAAAGAGGUUACCUUUUGAAAGUGUUUCUUGAAAGUCAAUAUCUGUUUGUGGAGGGGGGGGGGAUCCUUGUAUAGAAUUGUCAAGCAGUGUCCUGUUGUCCACUCAUGUAUUUGUGUUGUCUCAUCCUGUAAAGACUCCCAUCUCGUACAAUCACACCUGAUUAGAUUGUGUUCAUCAUGCUAGGGCAGCAUACUCUAUAGUUCACACUCAUCAAUACUGUGCAUUGGUUGCCAAUGAAGUCGUUCACAAAGAAAUAUGUAAAUAUAUUUGUCUUGUCAUUGACAUGCUUUUUGUUCAGAAACCAUUAUUGGUUAAACUAUCAUGAUUUAAGUCA